GCAUGCAGUUGCAGCCGGAAAGGAGCAGUAAUUAUAGAUCAGAACAAAUUUCAUUACAGUUGGUCAUCUGGGCAAACAAAAGAGAGAAAGAGAGAAAAUGCAGCAAAGCAACACAUAAAUGAAAAGUAAAGCCAAACCAUGUUUGCAAGAACUCAGAAACCUCAAGGUGACAGCCACAACUGCACAAAGCCCUCUCCCCGUUUUGUAAAGAUUUUUCGAAGAGCUGACAAGAACGAUGACGGGAAGCUGUCAUUUGAAGAGUUUAAGAAGUGUUGUGCUGAUGGCAUCCUCAACUCUGAGGAAUUGUGGAAACUGUUCAAUGAUAUUGACAGGCAUCAUUCAGGCAAUUUAGAGACGGAGAAGUUGUGUGAUUAUUUCACAGAACAUCUUGGAGAAUACAGACAUGUUUUGUCUGCGCUGGAGCAACUCAACAUCGCUGUCUUAUCAGCUAUGGAUAAAACCAAACUGGCAUAUGAGAGUUCCUCCAAGAUGGAGCAGUUUGUAACCCGUUUCCUUCUGAGGGAGACGAUGAACCAGAUACAGUCUCUGCAAGUCUCCCUAGAGUGUGCUGCAGAUACUAUUGAAGAACAGAGUGGCCGAGAAAGGAAUAAUAUGAACAAAUCAGAAGCUUUAAUUGGUCAACACUCUACAAAAAGAUGUGGUCGAAGAAUUCAGAAGAACAUCUGCUAUUCCCCUACAGAUCCAUAUUCUGGGAUGCUAACCACAGGUGUUUGUGUGGAAACUGAUAGCCAAUGGCCAUCUGAAAUUACUCAGCUUCAACAACUCAUCGGCAAACUGGAAUGUAAGAAUCCAAGGCUGGAACCUCUGAAACAUAAUAUGGUCUGCAAAGGAACAGAUUCUCACAUCUUGGUGGCACAGAGACAGAUCUCAGUGGCAGAAAGUGGAUUAGUGGCAUUUUGCCAAAUUCUCCAAACCUACACAGAAACCACAGCUGGACACAGCAGUUGCCUACAUGUGUCUGCCCAUAAACUGGCGAGUGAUACCUCCUUCAUCCUCUAUGAAUUAUGGCAAGAUGUAGUAUCUUGGAGAAGCCAUCUACAGUCAGAUAAUAGUAAGAAGUUCCAGCAUGCCAUUACUGAUCUUUUGGAUGCUCCAGAGCUCUUGACUACUAUGCUGUUCCCAGCUUCCUGGUGGAUUAUGAAUAAUAACUGACAGCUCCCCAUAUUAUCUCAACACAACCAGCAUGUGAUGGAUCAAGAACCAUCUUUCCAAUACAGCCUUCCUUUCAGAGGUGCCCAUUCUCGUCCUACCCUCUGCAAUGUUGUUUCCUUUUUCUGUAUAAGUGUGGAAUGCUUCCUUUCUUCUGCAGAUGUGCAAACAAGAUGACCUUGUUAUCUUUCUUGAACAUGACUUACACCUUUGACUUUCAUUCAUGUACAGAUUAUUCAAACCUGUAUUAUAGCCCUACUUGCCCUUUUGGCUAUAAUAAGAGACUAUUCCUAAAGCAUGAUAGUGAUGCAACAAUUUUGGCCACAAGUGCGGAUGCACAAAGGGAACACACUUAGAAUAUUUGGGCAUGGUAAUUUUAAAGGCUGAAGGAGGAAAUCUACUGGGCACACAUCAUUAUGUAUUUUUGGAAUCACAAGAAAAUAUAGCAGGAUCUACUUCCCACAUCGUUGAACUUCAUUAGAAAUGGACCCAUCAGUUAAUAUAGUGCCUAAAUGAUCCUGUCUGGAAUUUGAAUUUUUUCCAGAUCUCUUACCAGAUUUGAAUUCUAGAUGCUACAGUUGGGUUUACGCAGUUUCAGAAUUUGAAUUUGAAUUUAGAAAUGUGUAUGAAUUCAGAAGCAAAGCAGACAAUUAGUUUCAGUAAUGAUGCUUGAAGAUAGAUCCCUUGGUACAGUGUUAGUCUGGAAGUUUUGCAAUCCAGAUGUGAAUUCUAGCCUAUUAGUUGAAAUCUUUUCCAUUUUCCAUUUUACCUUUAAAAGCAACUCCUCUUGGUUCCUGGGUUUUUUUUCAUAGUUUAAAAAGUUUUAAUUGGCAUAAUAUUAAAAUCUUAAAAUACUUUUCUAUUUAUCUUUUUAUGAUCUCUAAGCCUCCCAGAGUCUCAUUGGGGAAAUCUGUGGUGAUUAAAUUUAAUAAAUAAAAUAAAAACAAAAGCAAUUAUAAUGAACAAAAAUGUAGGCAGAGUGUAGGAAUGCUUUCAUUUUACAGUCAUGACUGAGCAUUUUAAGCAGAAUAAUAUUAUGUUACAUAUUUUUGCCAGCAAAAGUAUACCAAAUAGCUGAGAUAUAUGAAAUUGGAAAUUUAAAAAAAUAUAUAUAACAUGGAAUAUAGAUUUGAAGAAAUAAACAUAUGGUAAGAAUUUGACAAGCAAGCAGCCUUGCACAGAUUAAAACUAUUUCGAUUUAUUCCCUUUUCUAAGAACUUUAGCUUUUUGAGAUGGAAGUUAUGAGUCUCCAACAAAAUAUCCAGCACCUUCUUUAAAUUUUAAAUUGUAGGUAAAAUUGGGAAAGAGAUUAAUUUUGUGGAAUAUGCUCAUGAUCUCAGACUGCCUGAUCUUUGUAAUGUGCAAUCAAGCACCGCCUGUACUAUUAUAAAUAGUUUAUUAUAUAUAUUUAUUAUAAAUAAAAUGGAGCUAAAAAUAAGAAAUUUGCAUGCUAUCUAAAAAAAAAGAAGAAAUUGCCUUCUCAGAAAUGGUACUUGGAUGCUGUGCCAUUUGUAAAUCGUUUUAUAUUUUAUUAGUGUUUCUCCUGCAAGAAUGGGGAAAUUGUUCAUUUUCAAACAAAAUAAGUUGCGAUUCAAGGACAUAAAACAGCUUUGUAAAAACAAUAAAGUCCUGAUUAUUUAACCUUAUUUUUGUGCAUAUGUAAUCGGUAAUCAAAAUACAGUUGUAUCCUCCACUUUCCUUGUCUCUUAAUAAACAAUUCUA